GGCCCAGGUCUCGCGGGGUUUGGCCCCUCAGGCGAAGGGGCCGGCCGUUCGCCUGGCGCUCCUCAGAGGCUGAGGGGGCGGCCGACAGCGGCCGGCCGGGGCCCGCGGUGAGGCGAUGGGGGCGCAGGACCGGCCGCAGUGUCACUUCGACAUCGAGAUCAACCGCGAGCCCGUUGGUCGCAUUAUGUUUCAGCUCUUCUCGGACAUAUGUCCAAAGACAUGCAAAAACUUCCUCAGCUUAUGCUCAGGUGAAAGAGGCCUAGGGAAAACAACUGGCAAGAAGCUAUGUUACAAAGGCUCCACCUUCCACCGUGUGGUGAAAAACUUUAUGAUUCAGGGUGGGGACUUCAGCGAAGGGAACGGGAAAGGAGGCGAGUCAAUUUACGGCGGCUAUUUUAAAGAUGAAAACUUUGUUCUCAAACAUGACAGAGCGUUCCUUUUGUCAAUGGCAAACCGGGGGAAACAUACCAAUGGUUCCCAAUUCUUCAUAACCACCAAGCCUGCUCCUCACCUCGACGGAGUCCACGUGGUCUUUGGCCUGGUGAUCUCUGGCUUUGAAGUGAUAGAACAAAUCGAAAACCUGAAGACAGAUUCCGCUAGCCGGCCCUACGCGGACGUGCGAGUUAUCGACUGUGGGGUGCUGAUCGCCAAGUCAGCCAGAGAUGGAUCAGAGAAGAAAAGGAAGGUGGCUACUCCCGCGGAAGACUCGGCAUCCUCCUCCUCUGACUCCUCCGGCUCUCCCGAGUCCUCUUCUGACAGCGAGGUGGAAAACGAGCGGAACCGGAAAAGAAAGCGCAGGAAGAGGGCCAAGGUUAAACGCUCCAAGAGGAGGAGAGAAGAAAAGAGAAAAGAAGAAGCCAGGAGCAAGCUGACGUCCAGCCAGAGGGGCAGUCCCUCGGACCACGGCGAAGCCCAGGGGAAGGGGGCCACGGCUGACCCAAGUGCCAAGAGGGAGAAGCCACUGGUGCGUCCCGAAGAGAUCCCUCCCGUCCCAGAGAAUCGAUUUUUGCUUCGAAGAGACAUGCCGGCGGCCGGCACGGAGUCUGAGCUAAAGCUUCCCGCCAUCACCCCCGCCGUCAACGAUCAGAAGCCGUCCGUGUCCAAGUCAGGAAGGAAGAUUAAAGGCCGGGGAACAAUACGAUAUCACACGCCGCCGCGAUCACGUUCCUGCUCCGAGUCGGAUGACGACAACGAGAGCAGCGAGACGCCUCCUCACUGGAAGGAGGAGAUGCAGAGGCUGCGCGCGUACCGGCCACCCAGCGGAGAGAAGUGGAGCAAAGGAGACAAGUUGAGCGACCCGUGUUCCAGUCGCUGGGAUGAAGGGAGCAGGUCACAGCGUUCGAGGUCCUGGUCGUACAACGGCAGCUACCCUGAGCUCAGCACACCGAAACCCUCCGGGGGCCGCCACCAGAAACACCGUAAAGACAAGAGGGCAAAGCACAAAAAGAAAUCGAAAAAGCAGAAACACCCCAAGCGGCAGAAACAGGCCAAGAGGAGAAGAGCCUCUCCGUCGCCCGAGGUGGAGUCCCCCCGCUCCCCGACCCGGCGGGCCAGGUCCUCCUGUGAUCGGGCCAAGAGAUCACCUUCCUCGUCGCUGUGGUCCUCACGCCGCUCCUCCCGGCGGGGCCGGUCCCGCUCGGACAGGGACGCGCGGAGCUCCUCGGCUCCAUCCAGCCGGGGGGCUCCAUCUGGCUCCCCGUCCAAGUCGACGUCCCAGUCGUCCUCCAGGGCCAGCUCGAGGUCCAGGAGCACGUCCAAGUCUUCGGCCCGUCCCCGGCACAGGACCGGUUCCGGCUCGAGCUGUGCCUCCGGACCCCCAGAGGCUGGCUCCUCGUCGCCUCGGGAGGCGGCCUCCCGCCCGAACGAGAGGAAAGCCGCCAGGGCCGAGCCUGCGCGGCCGGCGGGGGCCCCGGGCGAACAGCCACUCGUCCAGCCCAUGGUAACCAAGAGCCUGCCCGUGAUCCCGCUGAGCGACAGCCCGCCGCCCUCGCGCUGGAAGCCCGGACAGAAGCCUUGGAAGCCCUCCUACGAGCGCAUCCAGGAGAUGAAAGCCAAGACGUCAGGCCCGUUGCUCGCCCAGACCACCCCAGCUGGAGCCGGGGCCCGGGAGCCCACGCGGUCUUCAUCCACACACCGGAAGAGGGAGAAGAGGUCGCGUGGUGAGCGGAGUGCCUCUUCCCGCUACCAUAGCGAUACCGGGUCAGGGAGCUCCAGGUCACCCAGCAGUUCUUGGAGAAGCCACUCCUCCUCGAAGUCCUACUCCAGGUCCGGAAGUCCGGCGAGCUCACGCUCACGCUCUGCUCCCAGGUCCCGAGCACGCGGCAAGUACAGCGGCCGCUCGCGUGACAGCCAGUCGCCCUCUUCAUCCUCCUCUUCCUCUUCCUCCUCCUCCUCCUCCUCCUCCUCUUCUUCCUCCUCCUCUUCGUCCUCAUACCAUUCCGAGAGCGGCAAUAGCAAGAGGAAGAAGGUCACACCUCGGGGACGGAGGUGUAACGGUGUCGAGACUAGGCAGGCAAGCAGCUCAGAGCCAAAGGGCCAGAACAAACCCACCCGGGGUGGCGGUAGGUCUUCCCAGAGGAGGAGAGGCAGUGAGAGCCCAUCCCCUCCGGGCUCCUCCCCAGACAGCGAGCUGUCACGGGGCCGAGAGGACCAGCCCUCCCGACGAGGGGAGGGACGCGGCCCGCCGCCUGCCCCGUCUGACCAGAAACAGGACGCAGUCCACCGUGUGUCUCUCGGGGACCGGGAGGAGAAACUCAAGAAGGGACGGGGUCAUGAGCCUCUGAAAACAGGUGGCGGGAAAGAGGGCAUCCCCGGUCCCCCGCCACCGGGUGGGGCCCAGAAACAAACCUGCAUUGGGAGCAAAUGGGACUUGGAGUCUACAUCUGAGUGGGAGGCAAGGCUGAGACACCAGGACCGUGCCAAGCUCGCCUCUGACAAGGAGGAGGGGGAGGCCUCGUCUGAAUCUGGGGCCGAGGUGGGCGGGGAAGACAGCCGGGACCCACCCGAGCGCAAAUCGUGGGGCGGCCAUCGGCUGGCGGACCCAGCUGGGGCCCGGAAGAGCAGAAGGCGACGGUCACCAUCCUCCUCCGAGGAGAGCUCUGCCUCGAGUGUGGCCAGCGGCCGGGGAGCGUCAGGCAUGCGCCGUCGCAGGCCCGAGGCCCCCCGGGAGGCAGUGCUGGCAUCCAGGAGCACCCGUGACAAAUCAGGAGGGAGAAAGGAGAGACCGUCCAAGGUGCCCAGGCGACAGGAGGCGUUUCACUGGCAACCCCCACUAGAGUUUGGAGAAGAGGAGGAGGAGGAGGGCGGAAGUGAAAAGCCCGUAAGCGGAGAGGGGAGUGGGAGGGCCCUCGUGGCUGAACCCAAGGAAAGCCCAACGGGCGAGUCUGAGAGAGCCAGGAAGGCCCGUGCCGACGACGGCCCCUCGAGCUCCCUGGGCACAGCAGCCAGCCCAGUCCCUGACUCUGGGCCCCUCCCAGGCGGCGGCAGUGGAACCAGCACGCCUUCGGCCACAGACCACCCGGAGACGACCUCAGAGCCGCUCCCAGACAGUGGGGAGAAUGCCUGGCCAUCAGGAGAGAGCCCUCAUGGCAGUGGCAUCGAGGACGCAGUGCAGACGGAUGACAACAUGGAUAUCUGCACUCCUGACCGCCUUUCCCCUGAGAAGGGGCCUGAGGAGACUCCCUCGCCGAAGCAACUGGGACCCGGCACCCAGGAGGAGGGACUGGCCCGGGCGAGCCAAGAAUUACUGCAGGAGGACCCCGGGGCAGGCACGGCCAGGCCAGAUUCCCGUGAGGGGGCAGCCAGUCAGUCAUCUGGGAAGGAAGCAGCGGGGCCUGAGAGUGGCCCAGCGCCCUCCGCCCCUGGGGUGGGAGGCCCCGGCCAAGUGCGGACGCUGGAGUGGACUCCAGGCGGCGAUAACAAGUGGAAGCCCCUGCCUGGGGUGGGCAAUCUCCCAGCACCCGCACCCGGCAACACCACAGAGGCCAGGUGCCUGCCUGCGGCAUCCCAGGCAAAGCCACCGGGCCUGAGAAUUGAGAUAAAAAGCAAAAGCAGAGUCCGGCCCGGGUCCCUCUUUGACGAGGUGAGGAAGACUGCACGGCUGAACCGGAGGCCAAGGAACCGCGAGAGCUCAAGCGACGAACCAUCUCCCGGCCAGGACGACGCCAGCCCCUCCUCGAGCGGCAGCAGGUCCCGCAGCAAAUCUCCACCCAAGUCGAGGCACCGGACGAGGUCCCCAUCAUCCAGCCGCUCGCGGAGCCGGUCGAGGACGUCCUCCUACUCCUCCCGGUCGAGGAGCUCUUCGAGAAGUCGGAGUCGAGGAUGGUACAGUAGAGACCGAUCGCGAAGCCGGAGCAGUUCUUACCCCAGUUCCAAGAGUCACAGUAGCAGGUCGUACAGCCGGAGUCGGUCCAGGAGCAGCUCAUAUGGCCGACACAGCCGAUCCAGGUCCUACACCUACGACAGUUACUACAGUCGCAGCCGGAGCCGCAGCCGCGGCAAGAGGAGCAGAGGGUACCACCGGUCUCGCAGUUACAACAGGCGGUCCAGGAGUUGUCGCUCCUAUGGCUCCAGGAGCGACAGUGACCGCAGCUACUCGAACCGCCGGAGCCCCAGUGAGAGCAGCAGGCACAGCUGAGGCGCUUUCCCGGCCGCCCUGCCGGCCCCCAUGUCCCCACUGGACGUGCCGCAGGUGCCCCAUCUUGGCCGGGAACGAGGGUGGGCAGGUGGCCCACGGUUCUGGCCCCGUUUCCCCCAGGGAAGCGGAGGGGAUUGGCUGCCGAGGGCUUUGCCGCGAUGUUGCCCUCGUACCGAUUCCCCCGCCUUGGGCCCAAGAGCUGCUGAUCGCUUUUCCUCCAAGUUCCUUCCCACUGGGUUUUCCUGGUCAUCUUUCCGUCCUGGAACUCCAACUGUUCUACUGCCACUGGUGAUGACCACUCGGACUGGCUCCUGGGCGUUACCUUCUUCGAGGCUCUGGGCCCUACCCGGAGACCCAGUCCUGCAGGCAAGGGCCGGUGGGAGUGACCCUGGGACCGCGGGACGUCCCACGCGUUGCCACCUCCCAGUUUCCCUCAACUGGGGCCUUUGGACGUCCCACGCGUUGCCACCUCCCAGUUUCCCUCAACUGAUGGGCUCUAAUGGUAUCAGUGCAUCAGCUGAGUUUGUUGCGGACAUGCGAACAUACCUAUGCGUCUAGUCAAGGAAGCCCCAGGGACCAAACCCUAGAUGUAGAACAGGGCUUUCAGUGCCCUUUGCCAGUUGUGCCUCCACUCCCCCAUCCCCUUCAGCCUCCACAGUCUGAGGGAAGGGGUGGCCAGGAACCCAAAUCCAGGCUGCGUCACCAUGCUGUGGGGGUGGGACCAUAGUGGGCCCUUCUGAGCCGCCGUCGCCAUUAGCUCCGGAACGAGAGAAACUUGCUCCCGCACCUCUGUCCUGGUGCCUGGAGCUCCGGCCCCAUCCUCCACGAUGUGGGAGGGAGGAACGGUCUCGUGUUUCCAAUUCAGCCUUGUCCCGGGGACUCCGUUCUGAGCAGGCGGGUCCCAAGCCAGCGUUGGCCUUCUUCCUAGUCAGGUGCAGAACACCACGUGCCCCCCAAGCUCGUGGUGCCAGAGGACCCGCUGGAAGGUGCUUGGGCCUGGCCCUCGCCCGCCAUAGGGCGUGUUGGCACGGAGCAGGUCUCGGGGCACUCUAUCCCAGGCCAGGGCCAGGCCCCACUGGGCACACUGGGGGCUGGGGAAGCAGCAGUUGAGCCCACAAUUGUACUGCCAACCCGCAACUAGCCUGGCAUUCCGCUCCUCCCCAGUCCUGGAUCUCCAGAUGGAUCAGGGAAAUUCAGUCGCCCCAAGGUACAUCGUGGAUUUAAAGAGUCCGCUCCCUGCUGCAGCCCAGACUGCAUUGGAGCCCAGUUCCCUUCUAGGCCCUUUGGAAACUCUGUGACAGGAGACUGGGAGGGGCCACGAGGGGAAGUCAUACCUGAAGGCUUGUGGUCCCAGUACUACCAACAGGUCCCCCGAAUAGAGGUUCAUGAAACUUCUGCGCCAUGUUAAUGGCCUGAUUCUGGCUGUGCCCCAUAGAACGGGUGGGGCUGCUCGGUGCCCAGCCUGACCAGCUGGCCUGUGGUCAGGGCCAACCACCCGUCUUCCCAGUUCACAGAUCUGUGCACCCCAAUGGCCCCACCAAAGCCCCCUUGGAGAGGGAAAGAGAUGGUUUCCUCUCAGCGUUCAGAAGCCCAGAAGAAACCUGGGCGGAUUUCCCAGAAGAAUGGUGCCCCGGCACCACAACGGAUCUCUUCCCUGUAGCAGAGACGAGCCCCAGACUCCCAGUGCCCAGGUUUCGAGAAGAUUAACUAUCGGAAGAGCUUUAUUUUUCAAGGGAAUGGCCCACGUUUUGUUAUUCUUUCAAUUUUCCACCCGAACCGAGUGGCGGCAACUCCCCUGUCGGGCCAGUUCGGGACUAGGCCGGCCACCUCCGGCCAAAGAAUGAAUCGGAGCCAGUAGGCCUCAGCUACGUCGGAGUUCUGUGAAAACCCAGCAGCCGCAGCAGCAACUCCCACUUGGAUGAAGUUGGGUCAGAUUCCCUUGUCUGGGGAGGGGCCUUCUAGGCAUUAAAGUGUGCUUAUUCCGAGGUC